AUGACCUUGCAAUCCACAGGAGACACCACAGUUUCCACUUCAAUGACUACACCUGGCAUUACAAGAAUUAAGACACAGGUACCUUUCUUGCUGAUGCCAACAUACCUACAAACUACCAUGCCUGAGGAGACUAACUCAUCCACAGAGUACAGUACUAGCCUAUCUACAGUACACACUAGCAAUUACACAACAACAUCUGACACUAAAGCCAUUUCUGCUAGGAUAACAUUAACAACAGGUAAACCACAGUCCAUGAAAAAAGCCUUCCCAAACAGAAUCACCACCAUACUGUUGGCCUCUGACAGCCAAGAACAAACAGGAGUAAUGACUAAUACCUCAACAGAAAAUCCUGUGGACAUAUCACACAAGACUCAUUCCCACAAAAUUUCAAACACCACCUCACUGACAGGAAAAGUGUACAGAAUCACUCAGACAAAUCCACUAUCAGAUACAUCUACUCCACUGACCACAAGUUAUGAAGUCUCACCAAGGACAAGUUCUCUUCAACACACAGAGUACCCUGAAGCAGUUACACUCUAUACCACCGCUUCUAUGAACACACCACAUAUAACACGGGUCGGUGAAAUUUCCAACUUAGGGUCUCUGCCAUCAACCACGGAAGACAUUAAAACCCACUCACAUCGUUCCUUCAACCCACCAGUGUCAGAAAGCAUCGCUCCAGAGAAGACUACCUUUCCUUCCAAAACAAGUGCUGACCAUGCUCCGUGGCCAGCUACCACUCCUUUGAAAUCCAGUACAGAAGUCCUCUCCCCUGGCAGAACAUCCAACCCAAGGCCACAUCCUUUGAAUCCCUCUACCUCCCUCGUUCCAAAACCUGAUACCUUUCAAACAAUUGAUGUUGUGGAACUAUCCAAGGAUUUGACUUCCUUGCACAUAUCAAGUAGUGUCCCGGUGACAGGGGCUGUCUUAAUGGUGCCUCGUGCCUCUCCACACUCACACUCGGUGCCUCCUCUUCCAGACACUGGCAAGUCGCUCUUACAAACAAACACUGUACCCCAGGAAACAACCAGCUCCGUGGAUUCCUCAGCACCUGCUGGCAGAACAUCACCUUCCUCUGCUGCUUCCUCAUCACAGGGAAAACCUCCCUACGCUCCUGCUCCUACGGCCUCCACAUUCAAUUUUGGGGUGAUGACUUCAAAGGGUUUGGACACAAGUUUCACCCCCUCCACCACUUGGUCUCCAGGCAGGAUCCACGAUGUGCCGACAACUUCACAAGACACCAGAAACUCACAAACGAGUUACAAUUCCUCUGGCACGAUGUCAGCCCCCGUGGACAGCAGUGGUGCUGGACUCCACUUUCAGCACACUGUGUCUUCCCAAUCAGUCACACCUGCUAUCACAUCUUCCACGAUGACUUUGAGAAGCCUCCUGGAUGGCAGGGUUUCCAUCUUAAUGUCUGCAUCUUCUGGCAAUGCAAGGAAUGAGUCUGGGUCACACCGUUCCCCCACCACCACAGUGCCAUACAGCCACACUCCUGACGAGAGUGCCCAUUCCAGAGAAGACACUGCUGUUCUCUCCACAGCUCCCACUAGCACUUCUGCCAGGAGACCCAGCACAGAAAACCUCUCUGGUGACAGAACUUCCUUUUCUGGUCACGUUCCUACCUCAGAAACAGGAGACAUCCCAACGGGGUCCUCCUCCAGCUUCUCCACCGCCAUCCUUCCAGAAACUCACAACAGCGCCGCAAGUCCUCCUUGGGAAUCAUCCAAUGUCACCACUCGCAGGGACACAUCCACCAGUGUCCUGGUUCUUGGGAUGCUCUCUACCGCGACUCAGACAUCUGCACACUCAGACUCCAUGCCUCACCCCAGCAGUCCCGAGUCACCAUUACAGACAAGCUCUCCACCUCGACCAAAAACUAGCUCUUCAGAUCCCUCAGCUAGUAGGCCUGGACGAGCACCACCUUCCCCGUUUGCUUACACUUCACAGCGUCAACGUCCCUCCUCUCCUGAUCUUAUGGCCUCCACUUUCUCUUCUGGGGAGACUACUGCAAAGGGGGUAGACAUGAGCUUAGCUUCAUUUACCAGUUCUUCCCCCAAGCAGAGUAACAGUGGGCCGACCAGUUCACAGGACAGUAGAAAACCACAAACAAGUUACACUUACUACAGCACGUCAGUGAGCAGGGUGGACACUACCAGACCAAGAUCCCUGCUCCGACACACUGAGUCCUCUGAAGCAGUUACACCCGAUACCACCACAUCUAUGAACACACCACACAUAACACAGGUCGGUGAAAUUUCCAACUUAGCGUCUCUGCCAUCAACCACCGAAGAGAUAAAGACCCACUCACAUCGUUCCUUCAACCCACCAGUGUCAGAAAGCAUCGCUCCAGAGAAGACUACCUUUCCUUCCAAAACAAGUGCUGACCAUGCUCCGUGGCCAGCUACCACUCCUUUGAAAUCCAGUACAGAAGUCCUCUCCCCUGGCAGAACAUCCAACCCAAGUCCACAUCCCUUGAUUCCCUCUACCUCCCUCGUUCCAAAACCUGAUACCUUUCAAACAGUUGAUGUUGUGGAACUAUCCAAGGAUUUGACUUCCCCGCACACAUCAAGUAGUGUCCCGGUGACAGGGGCUGUCUUAAUGGUGCCUCGUGCCUCUCCACACUCACACUCAGUGCCUCCUCUUCCAGGCACUGGCAAGUCGCUCUUACAAACAAACACCGUACCCCAGGAAACAACCAGCUCUGUAGAUUCCUCAGCACCUGCUGGCAGAACAUCACCUUCCUCUGCUGCUUCCUCAUCACAGGGAAAACCUCCCUACGCUCCUGCUCCUACGGCCUCCACAUUCAAUUUUGGGGUGAUGACUUCAAAGGGUUUGGACACAAGUUUCACCCCCUCCACCACUUGGUCUCCAGGCAGGAUCCACGAUGCGCCGACAACUUCACAAGACACCAGAAACUCACAAACGAGUUACACUUCCUCUGGCACGAUGUCAGCCCACUUUCAGCACACUGUGUCUUCCCAAUCAGUCACACCUGCUAUCACAUCUUCCACGAUGACUUUGAGAAGCCCCCUGGAUGGCAGGGUUUCCACCUUAAUGUCUGCAUCUUCUGGCAAUGCAAGGAAUGAGUCUGGGUCACCCCGUUCCCCCACCACCACAGUGCCAUACAGCCACACUCCUGAGGAGAGUGCCCACUCCAGAGAAGACACAGCUGUUCUUCCCACAGCUCCCACUAGCACUUCUUCCAGGAGACCCAGCACAGAAAACCUCUCUGGUGACACAACUUUCUUUUCAGGUCACGUUCCUACCUCAGAAACAGGAGACAUCCAAACAGGGUCCUCCUCCAGCUUCUCCACCGCCAUCCUUCUGGAAACUCACAACAGCGCCGCAAGUCCUCCUUGGGAAUCAUCCAACAUCACCACUCGCAGGGACACAUCCACCAGUGUCCCGGUUGUUGGGAAGCUCUCUACCGCGACUCAGACAUCUGCACACUCAGACUCCAUGCCUCACCCCGGCAGUCCCGAGUCACCAUUACAGACAAGCUCUCCACCUCGACCAAAAACUAGCUCUUCAGAUCCCUCAGCUAGUAGGCCUGGACGAGCACCACCUUCCCCGUUUGCUUACACUUCACAGCGUCAACGUCCCUCCUCUCUUGAUCUUAUGGCCUCCACUUUCUCUUCUGGGGAGACUACUGCAAAGGGGGUAGACAUGAGCUUAGCUUCAUUUACCAGUUCUUCCCCCAAGCAGAGCAACAGUGGGCCGACCAGUUCACAGGACAGUAGAAAACCACAAACAAGUUACACUUACUACAGCACGUCAGUGAGCAGGGUGGACACUACCAGACCAAGAUCCCUGCUCCGACACACUGAGUCUUCUGAAUCAAUUACACCUGAUAUCACAUCUUCUGUGAUUCUGUCACACACAAUAUCGCAAUUCUCAAAUGGCCUCUCUCCUUGGGAAGGCUCAACCACAGGGCCCAGGGAAAAGACGUUCUUCCCUAGUUCUGAAAGGUUUCCAUAUCUUACUGUGUCGUCUCUUCCAAAUAGUAGGUCUGAGGGCUUGUCAGAAACAAACCCCUCCCCUCUGCAUGGAACCAAUUCUCAAUCUUCACUUUUGUCUUUAUCUGCAAUAAACAUACCUUCAUCUCCAUAUUCAACACAAUCAGAUACGAGUACCUUCUCUCUUCCUGUGUCAUCACUCCUCAUUUCUGGACCUCUGAAGACCAUAGUAGUGUUGGGCACCGUCUUGGAAUCUGUUACCAGUCCAUCUCUUAAGUUGUAUAACAAUUCAGAAAAGAUAUUGACUUCUGAAUUAGCUCCAGAGACAGAGAAUGCUCAGUCUCUUUCAAGCACAGUAGUGAAUGUGGUGGACCCUGCACGUUCUAGACAUGACUCAGAUUCUACUUUCCCUAUGGAGUCAGAGCUGUACAUAAAACAGUCUCCAAUCUUUACCUCUCACAGCAUAAUGGGGACCAUUGCAUCAACAUCCAGCCCUACCUCCCUUGAGAUUACCAUAAUUCCAGUGGAGUCUGGUUUUUCUGUGUCUCCUGAAGCCAGUGAGUCUAGCAUCUUUGAACAGACCACCUCUACAAAGAUAAGUACUGUCCUUGACGAUAUGCACACUGGUGCCAUUACUGAGGUGUACAGGAAAGAAGUCAUCCCCUAUACCAGAACAUCUAUCUCUGGUCUUUCUCAUUUGACUAAUCCACCUGGCAUCUCCAAUGGAACAACGAAAAGGCUAACUGCCACUUCCAUCAGUACAGAGUCUUCAGAAGUUGCCACUACCACCCAUUUAGUUCCUCCUGGGGCUUCAACAAAGGAUACUCUUACCUGGGACACAUUAACCACAACCACAGGGACUCAUCCAAAUGUUCCUACAAAAUAUCCUCCCUCACAGGUGUCUACUUUAUUGAGUAUGAAUCUUCCCACCAUGGAAGAAACCAGUUCUGCCUUUUCCCUGUUGGCAUUACCUACUGAGACCUCAUCUUCUGUUUCCUCUAUGUUAUUGCCGAUAUCAACCUCCACUGAUUUUCCAGGGACUUCAGUGCCUACUUCUGGGUUUUUGAAGAUGACAGAUACAUUGAACAGUAGCUUGGAAUCUGGAACAAGUUCAUCUACAAAUUUGAGUAGCUCCUUACUUGAAAUACUGGGCACAUCAGAAGUCACUACUGGUACAGAAAAUUUUCACUCUUCCUCAAGUGUUACAGUAACCAAUGUGAAGACAUCUAGUUUGGGGCAUGAACUAAGUUCCUCUAUAGCAAUAGCCUCUGAAUCAUAUAGGACCACCUAUCCAAUGGAUACAUAUUCCUCCAAAUGGGUGGCUACUAUGUCCACAUCAUUGCCUGCUUAUUUAGAGACUACAAGAUCUACAACAGAGCUGUUUUCCCAUCUGACUUCUGAAUGGAUGAACACUAGAAUGUCUUUACAAAGCAGCUCAGCCACACCAACAAAUUUACCUUCAGUACCUGUGUUCACUCCCAAUUUGCAGAGUUCUGAGGUCCACGUUACCGCUCCAAUGAAAAUAACCCAAGAUCAGUCUCCAUCUUCACAGUUGACUCAUGUUCCAGUAGAGACAGUUACCCACUUAAACGGUUCUCCAUUUUCUGUUGAGUUCUCUGGGUUAACAUCGUUCUCAGAGUCCAAGUUGACUACUAUGCCUGUGUCAGAAAGUACCCGUCUUCUGACACCUGAUAGACUGACUUCAACUAAGGCCAUUUUUAUUGACACAUUGACACCUCCAUCUCCAGGAAGUAUGGCUUCUUUUGUCACAACAAGCUUACUAAAAGCCAGCUUAUCUGUGACUUCCAGCAGUCCCUAUCCUAAGACAGAGCCCAGCCCUGGGAAUUCGAUGGUGUCCACCAUUGUAGAGAACCUGCCUUUAUCAGCUUCUACACAGUUACACUCUUCUGCCUCUACUACCACUGACUCCCCAGCCAGCACUGGUCUCCAUGGAAUUACUUCAUCUUCAGCUUCCUUAGAGACAGAAGACACCAGUCUUGUAACAGUGAACAGCAGUCUUCAAAAUCCUUUGGUUAUGUUUAGUACCUUGGAGCCUAGAACUCAAGACAUCAAGACGGCUUUAUAUUCCAUGUUGAAAACCAGGGCGACUGAGAGUGCUGACUUGGGAAGACUUACCAGUGCCUUUCCAGUUCUUCCAUGCUCAACCCAUUUGGCAAAAACGGAUGAUGUCCUGAAACCUCACACAAAGAUACCUAAUGGAGACCCACAUGGAGGCACUGCCAGACCAGGCAAGGGCUCUCUGACAUCCACAUUACCUACUAGCACUGAAGGGCUGUCCACAGGAGGAACAGUAAGAGCAGAGACCACUGAUACAUCUCUGAAGACCACCUCCAAGGCUACAUUGACCACCAAAGUUUCUAAUAUCAGUUUGGGACCCCUACCAGAGAACAUAGCCAAUAUAAACACAACAAAGAUGAUUGUCACAACUUCAGCUGUGUCCUCCAGUAUUCCAGAGACAGCUUCAUUGGCCACCAGAUUUAGAGAAGAUAGUAGCAUACCUGUCCCCAGGACAAUACCAUCUUCUUACAGUAGCGAUCCAGAGGGCACAGUCUCAGGGGUACCCGGUCCUGGGACAAAGACCAGACCAGAUGUUCAAACUCUGACUAUCUCCUCUGCUGAGACUGAUACAACAAACUCCUGGGUUACCAGUCUUUCAGAGAGUACCCCAACUGUUGUCAAGACAACCCUGAAUGUCUCCCAUGGUGAACCAGAUACCAUGUCCACAGCUACCAGUGCCACAGCAGAAGUCAGUUCAGCUAUCCCAACUUCGACUUUUUUCCGUGCUGUAUCACAUUUGGUGACCUCACUGACUACCAGCCAUGGUGAAGACACAAGUAUGACUGUUCCAACCAGUAGUCAUUCCCUAGAUGAAUCAGAAAUCACAGACCCACAGGUCCCCAGUCCGAGGACAGAGACCAGUCCAGAUGUAAGCACUAUGACUAUGUCCUCUCCUGAGCCAGACACAACAGCUUCAUGGGUCACCCAUCCUGAAGAAGCUCCUCCAUCUAUUGCCAAAACUGCCUUAAAUGUUUCCCAUAAUGAAUCAGAUUCCACAGUGUCAACAGCCAUCAAUCCCAGGACAGAAGUCAAUUUAACUGUUUCAACUUUAACUAUUUCCCCUGCUGUACCAGAUUUGGUAACUUCAUUGACUACCAGCCCUGGAGAAGAUUCAGGUGUAUUCAUACCAACUCUUCCUGAUUCCUUGGGUAAACCAGUGACUACAGCUUCUUGGGUCACCCAUCCUGGGACACAGGAAAGUCAUUCUAUUGCAACUCCUAUUGUUUCUGCUGAUUUUUCAGGGAUGACAGCAUCACUGGAUAUUAGUUCUGGGACAGAGACCAACUCAGCUAUCCACACUCAGACUGUUGUCCCUAGUGAAUCAGGUCCAACCAUCUCAGUGGUCACCCAUUUUGCACAGACCAGAACACCUGUUUCUGGAGCAACUCUUGAUAUUUUCCACAGUAAAUCAGAUGUUACCACAUUCUCAUUGGACACUACCCCUGGGACAAAAUCCAUGCUAGACAUCCCAACCACUACAACUUCACCUAGUAGAGUUGGACUGGCAACCCGGCUGGUUACUACUUCUGGGACAGAACUCAAUACAACUACUCCAACACUAACUGUUUCUUCAGAUGAGCUGAAUAACACAACCUCAUGGGUCACCCAUACUGAGACAGAAGCCAGCUUGGCUAUUUCCAGUAUGGCUGUUUCUUCCAAUGAGCCAGACACAACAUCAGGGAUCAUCCAUUCUACAGAGAUCAGUCCAACUGUUCCUAUGACAACUGUAAGAUUUUCUCAGAGCAGAUUGGAUGCCAUACCCUCAACAACCACAAGUUCCAGGGAUAAACCCAUAUCUGGUGUUUCAACUGCAAUGAUUGCACUUGGUGUACCAGAUAUGAUGAGCUCACUGGUCACUAGUUAUAGGGCAAUGGCCAGUACAAGUAUGCCAACUUUGACUGUUUCUUCCUCUGAACCAGAGACAGCAGCCUCACUUGGUACCCAUGCUGGAGCCCAAUCCAGUUCAGACAUUCUGGCUCCAACUGUCUCCCCUGCUUUACCAGGAAUGGCAGCCUCACUAGUCACUAGUUCUGGAGCAGAAACCAAUCUGUUUCCAACUUGGACUUUUUCUCCAACUCAACCAAAGACUGUAUUUUCAUGGGCCACCCAUCUUGAGGCAGAAUCUAGUUCUGCUGUUCCAUCUUCAACUGUCUUUCCUAGUGAACCAGGUAGAACCACCUUAUUAGUCACUCGUCAUGCAGAGAUCAGCCCAGCUGUUCCCAAGACAGCCCCAGAUUUUUCUCACAGUGGCUCACAUACUCCCUCAGUGAUCACCAGUCCUGACACAGAAACCAGUUCAACUGGCUCAGCUUUUACUGCUCCAUCUGAGGUAUCAGGAGCUCUGACCUCGUUGAUCACUAGUUCUAGAACUGUAACUACUGAAAAUAUUCCAACUCUGUCUAUGUCUGCUGAUGAGUCAGCCACCACAGUUUCAUUGAUCAGUCAUCUUGGGUCACAGACAAAUUCAACUAUUCUAACUCUGACUGUCUCCCCUGAUAUACCGGAGGUAGUGACAUCAAUAGUCACUACUUCUGAAGCAGAGACAAGUUUGUUUCCAACUCAGACUGAUUCUGUUGGUCAGCCAGAGACCACAGCCUCACUGACCAGUCACCCUGGAGAUGAAACUAGCUCUACUCUUCCAACUCUAACUGAGUCUCCCAGUGAGCCAGAUGAAACAAUCUCUAUAGUUAACUACCAUGCAGAGAGCAGUCCAACUGUUCCCAGAUCAAGUUCAAGUUUUACCCUCACUGAAUCAGACACACCUCCUUCAACUACCACUAUGGGUCCAGAUGCCAGUUCAGCUGUUUUAUCUACAACUAUCUCACCUGUUGUUCCAGGUAUAGUAACUCCACAGGUUCCUUAUUCUGAGACAGAUUCAAAAAUAUCGAAACCAAUUGUGACUCUUUUUCCUUCUGAACCACAGACCACAAUUUCAUUGGUCACCCCCACAAGGGCAGAGACAAGUUUAUCCACUUCUACUAUGACUGUCUCUUCAGAUAUAACAGAAAUGAUGACAUCAUUGGCCACUAGUUCUCUGACAGAAACACAUACAAUUAUGACAACUGUGGAUGCUUUCCUAGGUCAAUCAGAAACAACAUCUUCACCGGUCACUCAUCCUGGAAGAGAAAACAGUUCAGCUGCUCCUACUGGUGUUCCAGUCAUGGUGACCUCACCAGUUCUUCCUUCUGAACCAUGGACCACAAUUUCACUGGCCGCCCAUGCAGGAGAACAGUUCAGCUCAUUGAUUUCUACACUAGCUGUCUCUCCAGCUAUAGCAGAAAUGAUGGUAUCACUGGCCACUAAUUCUAGGACAGAGACACCUACAACUACUCCAGUCCUGGCUGUUUCCCCAGGUCAACCUGAAAGCACAGCCUCAUGGGUCACCCAUCCUGGAAGAGAAGCCAGUUUAACUGUUAUAGCUCUGAAGACUUCACUUACUGGGGUAACUGAAUCAUGGGACAUUCAUCCUUCAGAUGCUAACCAAACAAUUCUGAGGACAACUCCAGAUUUUUCCCUUACUGAAUUAGAUACUGCACCCUCAAUAGUCACCAGUCCUGGGACAGAAGUCAGCUCAGCUUCCUCAACGUCUGUGGUUUUACCUAAUGUAUCAGAAGUACUGACCUCACUGGUCACUACUUCUAGGACAAUAACCAGCAGCAAUAGUCCAACUUUGACUCUUUCUUCUGCUAAACCAGAAUUUGUAACCUCAUUUGUUGCCGACACUGGGGCACAAACAAGUUAUUCUAUUCCAGCUAUGGUUGUUUCCUCUGGUAUAUUAGGGAUGGUGACCUCGUUGGUUCCUAGUUCUGGAAUAGACACAAGUACAACUUUCCCAACACUGACCAGUUAUUCACAAGAACCAGAAACAACCACCUCAUGGGUCACCCACUCUGCACUGUCAGAAACCAACCCAGCUGUUCCCAGGACAAGCCCAAGUUUUUCCUACACUGAAUCUGACAUCACACCCCCAACAACCAUCACCCAUCCUGGAAAAGAAGCCGGUUCAGUUAUUCUAACUACAACUAUCUCACCUGCUGUUUCAGACAUGGUGACCUCACCAGUUCCUAGCUCUGGGACAGAGAUACAUAAAACUACUACUCCAACUCUGGCUGUUUUCUCACAUCAACCAGAGACCACUGCCUCAUGGGUCACCCAUCCUGGAAGAGAAACCAGUCCAACUGUUCUGAUUCCAACUGUUUUACCUCAUGUUUCAGACAUGGCCACCUCACCAGGUCUUCCCUUUUCUGAACCACAGACCACAAUUUCAUUGGUUACUCAUGCUGAGGAACAGCCUAGUUCAUCCAUUUCUACUCUGGCUAUCUCUCUAGGUGUAACUGAAAUGAUGACAUCACUGGCCACUAGCUUUGAGACAGAGACACCUGCAACUAUUCCAACUCUGGCUAUUUCCCCAAGUCAGUCAGAGACCACUUCCUCAUGGGCCACCCACCCUGGAAAAGAAUCCAAUUUAGGUCUUCCAACUCUGUCUACUUUGCCUGGUGAGCCAGAAACAACUGAAUCAUGGGUCACUCUUCCUUCAGAGUCCAGCACACCUGUGUCUAGAACACCCCCCAAUUUUUCUCAUAGUGAAUCAGACGUCAUACUCUCUGUGAUCACUGCUUCUGAGGCAGGAACCAGUUCAGCCAUUCCCACAUCUAUCUCAUCUAAUGUACCAUAUAUAACUACUACUUCACCGGUUGCUGGUUCUACAGCAGAUAUCAAUGCAAUUUUCCCAACAUUGACUACAUCACUGCCUGAACCAAAGACAACAGUCACCUCAGUCAGUCAUCUUGCCUCUACCCCAUCAACUUCCAGUUUUCCUGAUAGCAGUUUGGCUAUCACAUCUUCAUCAGCCAGUAGUCCUGGAAGAGAAACCACUUCAGCUGUGCCAACAAUGGCUGUUUAUCCUGAGGAAGCAGGUAUGGUGGCCUCACAGGGCACUAGUUCUGGGUCACCAAUCAGUAUGAUUCCAACUACAGUUCUUUCUCCUACUGAACUGGAAAGCACAGCCUUAUCAACCAAUCUCCCCAAGGCAGAGAUAAGCCCAAAAUUUCCUGUUCCGUUGGAGACCAUGGCCUCAGUAUCCAUCAGACCUGGAGUGGAACUUAGUACAGCUCUUCCAACUUGGACUGUCUCUUCCAGUGGACCAGAGAUGACAACUUUUCUCUACACCUCUUCCGUUUCUGAGACCAGCAGUAAUGACCUGAGUACAGUUGUUUCAUCUGGUGAUCUUGAUGAAACAGCCUCUCGCUUUACCCAUCCUGGGACUGAGACCAGCAGAAGUAUUCCAACUGUAGCUAUGUCUCCUGGUUUGGCAGGCACUAUAGAUUUAUGGGCCACCAGCCCUUCAACAGAAGCCACAAUGACUCUGUCUCCCAGUGUCCCUGAGUUCCUCAGUGCUCCCACCACCAACACCGAACCUAUCACUGAAACCUCCCAGAGAAUAGAAACAUCACCAUCUGCCACUUCAGUUAGACUCCAAGAUUUUUUCGGGACUGUCUCAAGCACCAGUAUGGCCUUGAUAACAGCAGAGAACCCAACACCACCUACAGUCAGUCAUGAAGAAAGAAUAAGUCCAGCUACUACUCUGGAAACUACAAGUGAAACCACCCAUUUAGCUACCAGAGGAUCAAGAACCACUGUGGCUGAGAUCACAACUACUCUGGCUGGAAGUCCUUUAGUCCAUCUGAUCACUCCUGAAAUGUCUACAUUGGUCCCUGAGAAUGUGACUUCAAGAAUAACUACAAGUGUUCAUCCAGACCUGGUGCCAUUCACUUUCAACUUGAUAAUCACCAACCUACUUUAUGACCCAGAUAUGGGGCACCCUGGUUCCUUAGCCUUCAACCUCACAGAGAAGGCCCUGAAUCUCCUGCUCAAGCCCUUGUUUGGGAAUACCAGCAUUAGCUCUGGCUACUCUGGCUGCAGACUGACCUUGCUCAGGAUUGAGAAGGAUGGAGUAGCCACUGGAGUGGACACUGUCUGUACCUACCGUCCUGAUCCCGUGAAUCCUAGUCUGGACAGAAAUCAACUGUAUCAGGAAGUGAGCCAGCUGACCUAUGGUGUCACCAGGCUGGGUCCCUAUGAACUGGAUAGAGACAGCCUCUACAUCAAUGGUUAUAACCAUCGAUAUCAGACCCUUACCACCAACAGUACAAGCUUAUCUCUGGUACCCUUCACCCUCAACUUCACUAUAACCAACCUGCACCAUAUAGAGGACAUGUGGUCCCCCAGAUCUGAGAUAUUCAACAGCACAGAGAGGAUCUUGAAUCGCCUGCUCAGGCCCUUGUUCGAGAACAGCAGUAUUGGGCCUCUCUAUUCUGGCUGCAGACUGACCUUGCUGAGGCCUGAGAAAAAUGGAACAGCCACUGGAGUAGAUGCAGUCUGUACUCAUCAUCUUGAUCCCAUGGCCCUUGUGAUGGACAGAGAGAAGCUGUAUUGGGAACUGAACCAUCAGACCCAUGGUGUCACCCAUCUGGGAUUCUUCACCUUAGAAAAGGAUAGUCUUUAUGUUAAUGGUUUUACUCAUCGAACUUCUGAUUCUACUCCCAACAGUGAGUACUCUGAUGAUUGUGUUCACCAAUCCCUUGUGGUUAUGCCUGUCCUGGCUCAUUUCACCCUCAACUUCACCAUCACUAACCUGGAGUUCAAGGAAGACAUGUCAUACUCGGGAUCCAGGAAUUUUAACACCACAGAGAAAGCCCUCCAGAAUCUGUUGGAACCCUUGUUCAAGAAUAGCAGUCUGGGAUCCCUUUAUUCAGGCUGCAGACUGAUCUUACUCAGGUCUCAGAGAGAUGGAGCAGCCACCAGAGUGGACACUGUGUGCACAUACCACCCUGACCCCAAAGGGCACAGACUGGACUGGGAGCAGCUGUACUGGGAGUUGAGCUGGUUGACCUAUGAUGUCACCCGCUUGGAUCCUUACACCCUGGACAUGAAUAGUCUCUAUGUUAAUGGUUUCACCUGUGAGAGCUCUGCACACAUCACCAGCAGUGAGUGUUCAACAUAUGUCUCGGCCCUGGGAGUACACAAGAGAGCACAAAGGAAUCUUUGCCGUCAGAUUUUAUAUUCUUGUGGUGAUGGUGUUGAUAUUGUCCCUGCUUUUGGUGGUGGAGAUGGCGAUGGUGAUGAUGUUGAUAGCAGUGGUGUUCUUGAUACCAUUUAUGAUAGAUGUGAUAGUGUUAAUGAUAGUAAUAAUGGUGUUAAUGAUGACGGUGGUGAUGAUGAUGGUGGUGUUGGUCAUAAUAAUGCUAAUGGUGGUGAUGAUAUUGGUGGUGGUGCAAUGAUGAUACUGAUGGUGAUCAUGUUGGAUGACCAUGAUGAUGAUGAUGGUGUUGACAGUGAUAGUGUUAAUAAUGGUGAUAGUAAUGAUGCUGACGAUGGAAGUGAAAAUAAUGGUGUUGUUGAUGAUGCUGAUGGGGAUGGUGUUAAUUAUGAUGGUGAUGAUGGUGUUCAUGGUGGUAUUAGUGGUAAUAGUGAUGAUGGUGAUGAUAAUGGUGUUAAUGAUAUUAGGUAUGAUAUUGCUAAUAAUGGGAUUGUUGGUGAUGAUGCUGGUGGUGGAGAUACUGUUAAUGACAGUAGUGAUGCUGGUGCUGCUGAUCCUGCUGAUGAUGCUGAUGGUCAUACUGAUGAUGUUAAUGAUGGUAAUGAUAAUGAUGUUGGUGGUGUUGACGAUGAUGAUAAUAUUUGUGUCACAACCUCUAACCCGGUGCCAUUUACCCUCAACUUCACCAUCACGAACCUGGAGUACACAUCAGAUAUGGAGCACCCAGGAUCCCUCAAGUUCAACAAUAUUGAGGCAGUCCUGCAACAUUUGCUUGCUCUUGUGUUCAAGAACACCAGCAUUGGCCCAUUGUACUCUGGCUGCAGGCUAACCUCGCUCAGGCCUGAGAAGGACAGAUCAGCCACUGGAGUGGAUAUGAUCUGCACCUAUCGAUCUGAGCACACGAGCACUGCACUGGACCGAGAGCAGCUGUACUGGGAGUUGAGCUAUGAGACCAAUGGCAUCAUCCAGUUGGACUUCAUCACCCUGGACAGGGACAGUCUUUAUGUUAAUGGUUAUAACCAUUGGUUUCUGGCUUCCACCACUAGCAUGCCAGUCGCUCCUCUACUAUGUUUCACCAUCAACUUCACCAUCACUAACCUGGAGUAUGAGGACAACAUGCAUCACCCUGAAUCCCAGAAGUUCAGUGCCACUGAGAGAGCCCUACAGGGACUGUUCAGGUCUUUGUUCAAUAAAACCAGUGUUGGCCUGCUCUAUUCUGACUGCAAACUGAACAUGCUCAGGCCUGAGAAGAAUGGAGCAGCCACAGGGGUAGAUGCCGUCUGUACCCACCGUUCUGACCCCACUGGCUCUGGGAUUGACAGAGAACAGGUAUACUGGGAGCUGUACAGUCUGACCAAUGGCUUCACCCAAUUGGGGACAUACACUCUGGACCAAAACAGUCUCUGUGUCAAUGGUUAUACAUACCAGAUCCCAUCUACCACAUCCAGGACUUCUGUGGAGACUGUUGUUUCUACCCGGAUGACAACCCCUAUCUCCAGCCCCACAGGCGCUCUUCUGAUAUCUUUCACCAUCAACUUCACCAUCAUUAACUUGGAAUAUAAGGAAGACAUGAGUCAUCCUGAAUCCCACAAGUUCAAUGCCACUGAGAGAAUCUUACAGAGCCUGCUGAGGCCACUGUUGAAUAAAACCAGUGUUGGCCACUUGUAUUCUGGCUGCAGACUGACUUUGCUAAGGCCUGAGGAAAAUGGAUCAGCUACAAGAGUGGAUGCCACCUGCACCCUCCACACUGAUCCUGCUGGCCUUGGGCUGGACAGAGAGCGAGUGUACUGGGAACUGAGCAGGUUGACUUAUGGAGUCACCCGUCUGGGUCCCUACACCCUGGACAGAGACAGUCUAUAUGUCAAUGGUUAUACAUACCAGGUCCUGUCCACUGCACCCAGGAUUUCUGUGAUGACCACCAUUUCUGCAGGGAUGACAACUCUUAAAUCCACUCCCACAGCAGCAGGCUCUGUCGAGGAGUCUUUCACAGUCAACUUCACCAUCAUUAACCUGGAGUACCAAAAAGACAUGGGUGACCCUGGAUCUCAGAAGUUCGGUGCCACUGAGAGAAUCCUACAGAUCCUGCUCAGAACCCUAUUCAGUAAAACCAGUGUUGGCCCCCUGUUUGCUGGCUGCAGAUUGACCUUGCUCAGGCCUGAGAAAAAUGGAACAUCCACAGGAGUGGAUGCCAUCUGUACCCACCACCUAGAACCUGCUAAUCACAGGCUGGACCCUGAGAGGGUGUAUUGGGAGCUGAGCAUGCUGACUCAUGGCAUUACCCAGCUGGGUCCCUAUACCCUAGACCAGAACAGUCUCUAUGUUGAUGGUUACACACACCAGAUCCUGGUCAUCACCCCCAAUGCCUCAGGCCCUGCUGUGCGGCUAUUCACUCUUAACUUCACCAUCAUCAACCUGCCCUACACAGAGGACAUGAGAAUCUCAGGAUCUAAGAAGUUCAACAAAAUAGAGGGGAUCCUGAACAUCAUUCUCAAACCUUUGUUCCAAAAUACCAGCAUUGGCGGACAUUUCUCUGGUUGCAGAUUGAUCUCACUCAGGCCUGAGAAGGAUUGGUCAGCCACAGGACUGGACACAGUCUGCACAUACCAUGCUGACCCCACAGCACCCAAGCUGGACAGAGAGAAACUGUACUGGGAUUUGAGUGAACUGACCCAAGGCAUCACUCAGAUGGGACGGUACCUGCUAGACCAGGGCAGCCUCUAUGUCAAUGGUUACACCAACUUGAUUUCAGUCACUGUUCUCAAUGCCACAGAAAAACCCUUGAUAUCAUUUACCCUCAACUUCACCAUCACUAGCCUACAUUACAAUGAGGAUAUGCAGCCUCCAGCCUCCAGGAAGUUCAAUGCCACAGAGAAGGUCCUACAGCGCCUGCUUGAGCCAUUGUUUAAGGAAACCAGUGUUGGUCCCCUCUACUCUGGCUGCAGACUGAUUUUGCUCAGGCCAAAGAAAGAUGGAACAGCCACUGGAGUAGAUAUAGUUUGUACCCUUCUCCCUAAUCCCUCAGUUCACGGGCUGGACAGCGAGCAACUAUACUGGGAACUGAGCAAACUGACCCAUGGUGUUACUCAACUGGGCCCGUAUUCUCUUGACCAGGAUAGUCUCUACAUUAAUGGUUAUUCCCAUCUGGGCUCAAGCACCACCCUUGACACCAAUGGUACUAUCAUGGUAUCCAUCACCCUCAACUUCACCAUCACCAACUUGCACCACACAGAGGAGAUGGGCCAUCCUGGUUCCUUAAAGUUCAACUCCACUGAGCGGAUCCUACAGCACUGGCUUGUCACUUUGUUCAAUAAGACCAGUGUUGGCCCUCUCUAUGCUGGAUGCAGCCUGGUUUCACUCAGGUCUAAGAGGGGUAGAGCAGCCACUGGAGUGGAUAUCAUCUGUACCUUCCACACUUACUCCCUGAGUCCUGGGUUGGACAGAAAGCAGCUGUACUGGGAACUGAGCCAUGAAACCCAUGGCAUCACUCAACUGGGCCCCUACACUCUAGACCAUAACAGUCUCUAUAUUAAUGGUUACAGCUUUGGAGUGGCAGUCCCAACCACCACCACUGGGGAAGUAAGUGAGGCGAUGUUCCCAGUGAACUUCACCAUCAACAACCUGCGCUACUCAGCUGACAUGGGCCAGGCUGGCUCCCCCAAGUUCAAUAUCACAGAUACACUCAUGCAGCACCUGCUCAGCCCUUUGUUCCGGAGAAGCAGCCUCGGUCCUCUAUAUACAGGCUGCAAGGUGGCUGGCCUAAGGUCAGUAAAGAAUGGUGCCCAGACCCAGGUGGAUGUCCUCUGUACCUACCGUCAGGUCCUCAGCAAUCUUGGGUUUCCUGCCAAGCAUAUUUUCCAUGACCUGAGCUGGCAAACUCGUGGUAUCACCCGGCUGGGUCCCUACUCUCUGGACAAAGACAGCCUCUACAUCAAUGGUUACAAUGAACCUGGUCCAGAUGUACCUCCUACAACUCCUGAGCCAGCAACCACCAUCCUGGCUUCUCCAUCAACAUCUGUGCAAUCAGAAAUCACAACAGCUAUGGAGUACCACCUGCAGACCUUCAAAAUCAACUUCACCAUCUCCAACCUUCCAUAUUCUGCAGACAUGAACAAUGGCUCAACCAUGUUCAACUCCACCGAGAGGGUUUUACAGCACCUGCUUGGACUAUUAUUCCAGAAUGCUUCCUUAAACUCAAGCUGCAGACUAACCUCUCUCAGGCCUGAGAAGAAUGGAACUGGUGUGGAUGUCAUCUGCACCUACCAAGAUGACCCUGCACAUCCUGGGCCAGACACAAAGAGAGUAUACUCAGACCUGAACCAACCUACUCAUGGAGUCACCCAGCUGGGCAACUAUACACUGGAGAAGAAUAGUCUUUAUGUCAAUGGUUAUAAUGAACAUGGUCCAGAUAAAAUUCCUACAACCUUGGGGCACCACGUGAAAAACUUCACAAUCAAGUUCACCAUCUCCAACUUCCCAUAUUCAGCAGACAUGAGAAAUAGCUCAGCCACGUUCAACUCCACUGAGAGUGUCCUGCAGACCUUGCUUAUACCUUUGUUCCAGAACACCUCCAUAGAUUCAAGUUGCAGACUGAAUUCCCUCAGGCGGGAAAAGAAUGGAACUGGUGUGGAUGUCAUCUGCACCUACAAACAUGAUCCUGCACAUCCUGGGCUGGACACAGCAGGGCUGUACUCAAGCUUUGGCCAGUUGUCCCAUGGAGUCACCCAACUGGGCAACUAUACUCUGGACAAGGACAGCCUCUUUAUCAAUACUCCUGAGCUAGCCACCACCAUCCUGCCUUCUUCAUCAACAUCUGUGUCACCAGUAUCUACCACAGCUGUGGGACACCACCAAGAGACCUUCACAAUCAACUUCACCAUCUCCAGCCUCCCAUAUGCAGCAGACAUGAGCAAUUGUUCAGCCACAUUCAACCACACUAGGAAUGUUCUGCAGGACCUGCUUACACCAUUGUUUCAGAACGGCUCCUUCAAUUCAAAUUGCAGACUGAAUUCUCUAAGGCCUGAGAAGAAUGGAACAGCCAUUGGUGUGGGCAUCGUCUGCACCUACCAACAUGACUCUGCACAUCCUGGGUUAGACACACCAGGGCUGUACUCAAACUUCAGCCAGCUAACCCUUGGAGGCACCCAGCUGGGCAACUACACACUAGACAAAGAUAGUCUAUAUGUCAAUGGUGUUAAGCAACACCGUCCAGAAGAACCUCCUACAACUAUGGACCACCACCUGAAGACCUUCACAAUCAAGUUCACCAUCUCUAACCUCCCAUAUUCAGGAGACAUGAAAAAUGGCUCAGCUAUGUUCAACUCCACUGAGAGUGUCCUGCAGCACCUGCUUACACCCUUGUUCCAGAAUGCUUCCUUGGACUCAGGUUGCAGACUGAAUUCUCUCAGGCCUGAGAAGAGUGGAACAGCCACUGGUGUGGCUAUCAUCUGCACCUACCAACAUGACCUUGCACAUCCUGCGAUAGACACACCAGGGCUAUACUCAAACCUCAGCCAGCUAACCCUUGGUGCCACCCAGCUGGGGAACUACACACUGGACAAGAAUAGUCUAUAUGUCAAUGGUUAUAAGGACCCUGGUGUAGAAGAACCUCCUACAACUAUGGGGCACCACCUGAAGACGUUUGCAGUCAACUUCACCAUCUCCAACCUCCCAUAUUCAGCAGACAUGAAGGAUUCAGCCAUGUUUAACUCCACUGAGAGGGUCCUACAGCACCUGCUUGGACCUUUGUUUCAGAAUGUCUCUUUGGACACAGGUUGCAGACUGAUGUCUCUCAGGCCUAAGAAGAAUGGAACAGCUACUGGUGUGUAUGUUGUUUGCACCUACCGACAGGAUUCUGCAUUUCCUGUGCUGGACACACAGGGGCUGUACUCAGAGCUGAGCCAUCUGACCCAUGGAGUUACCCAACUGGGCAACUAUAGACUGGAUCAGGGCAGUCUCUAUGUCAAUGGUUAUACUGGACCUGCUCCAGAAAAGCCUCUUAUAACUCCUGAGUCAGCCACGACAUCUACAUCAUCAUCUGUGCAGCCAGAACUCACAACAGCCGUGGGACACCUGAAGAUCUUCACACUCAACUUCACCAUCUCCAACCUCCCAUACUCAACAAGCAUGAGCAGUGGCUCAGUCAUGUUCAACUCUACUGAGAGGGUCCUGCAGCACCUGCUUACACCCUUGUUCCAGAAUGCUUCCUUGGACUCAGGUUGCAGACUGAAUUCCCUCAAGCCUAAGAAGAAUGGAACAGCCACUGGUGUGCAUGCUGUCUGCACCUACCAUGCUAACCCUGCAGGUCCUGUGCUGAAUACAAAGGGACUAUACUCAGAGGUGAGCCACCUGACCGAUGGAGUCACCCAGCUGGGCAGCUACACACUGGAUCAGAACAGUCUUUAUAUCAAUGGCUAUGUACUCCAGAAUGUAACCAUCCAUGCCAAGUACCAGCUAAACUUCUGUAUCAUCAAUUGGAACCUCAGCAAUCCAGACCCAACAUCUGCAGAAUAUAUUGCUCUAGAAAGGGACAUCGAAGACAAGGUUACCAAACUCUACACAGGGAGCCAGUUUCAAGAAGUAUUCCAGUCUUGCCUGGUCACUAACUUAACGUCUGGCUCCCUGAUAGUUACUAUGAAGGCAUUUUUCUCCUCUCAUCUGGAACCCAACCUUGUGAAGCAAGUCUUUCUAAAUAAGACUUUGAAUGCCUCCUCCCACUGGUUGGGUGGCACCUACCAGCUGAUGGAUCUGCAAGUGAUAGACAUGAAGCCAUCCAUCCGUCCACCAACAGAAAUACCAACAGUCAUCUCCAGCUUCCAGCAUUUCCACCUGAACUUCACUGUCACCAACCUACCCUAUUCCCAGGACAUAGCCCAGCCAGGCACCACCAAACACCGGCAGAACAAAAGAAGUAUUGAAUAUGCGCUCAACCAGCUUUUCCGAAACAGCAGCAUCAAGAAUUACUUUUCUGACUGUCAAGUUUUAGCAUUCAGGGCUGUCUCGGAGAGCAACCACACUGGGGUGGAUUCCCUGUGUAACUUCUCACCAUUGGCUCGGCGAGUGGACAAAGUCACUAUCUAUGAGGAGUUCCUUCGGAUGACCAAAAAUGGUACCCAGCUGAUGAACUUCACUCUGGACAAGAAGAGUGUCCUUGUAGAUGGAUACUCUUACAGCAGAGAUGAUUCUGUGAUAAGGAAUUCUGAACUUCCCUUCUGGGCCAUCAUCCUCAUCUGCUUGUUGGCACUCCUGGUACUCAUCACAUGCCUGACCUGCUGUUUCCUGGUAACUGUCUGCAGGAGGAAGAAGGAGAGAGACUACCAGGUUCAAUGGCACCGUCUGGGCUAUUAUCUGCCUCAUCUAGACCUGAGAAAGCUACCAUAAAUUCAUCAGCUGGGGCGCCUUUUUCCCAACAGGGU